ACUCAACGAAUCAGUACCAGCUUGGAUCUCGUUAUUGGUAUAACACAGUUUAUUGUGGAGUAAUUGUUUUCCUCGUGAGACGUCAAAGCAACAGCUCAACAAUGCGAAUGUUCGUAAUUCCUUGUCUCGCCGUGUGCUUGGCAAUGGCCCAUUGUGCUGCCAUCGAUGAUAAAGCCGCCGCUCCAGCUGCCGCUGCCGCUGAAGAGAGCAAGAACGUGGAGAAGCGUGGUCUCCAUCUGGGCGACUAUCAUGGUCACCAUCACCAUGAGCACAUCAAGACCGUGACCAUUGAGAAGAAAGUGCCAGUGCCCUACACAGUGACCAAACAUGUGCCCUACACCGUCGAGAAGAAGAUCCCCUAUGAGGUGAAAGUGGAUGUGCCCCAACCCUACAUUGUGGAGAAGAAAUAUCCGGUGGUUGUGAAGGAAUACGUCAAAGUGCCCGUCCAUGUGCCCAAACCCUACAUUGUGGAAAAGAAAGUCCCAUAUGAAGUGAAGGUGCCCGUCGAUAAGCCAUACGAGGUGAAAGUACCCGUCCCAGAACCAUAUGAGGUCAUCAAGAAAAUCCCCUAUGAGGUCAAGGUGCCCGUGCCACAGCCCUACGAAGUGAUCAAGAAGGUGCCACAUGAGGUUAAGGUGGAAGUGCCCGUGCCCAAGCCCUACGAAGUCAUCAAGAAGGUGCCCUAUGAGGUCAAGGUUGAGGUGGAGAAACCCUAUCCCGUUGAGGUCGAGAAACCCUACGAUGUGGAGGUCGAGAAACCCUACACGGUCGUUGUCGAAAAGAAGGUGCCCUAUGAGGUGAAAGUGCCCGUCGACAAGCCCUACAAGGUGGAGGUAGAGAAACCAUAUCCCGUGCACGUUAAGAUUCCCGUACCACAACCCUACACUGUGGAGAAGAAGGUGCCCUACACCGUCGAGAAGCCAGUGCCCUAUGAGGUUAAGGUGCCCAUCGAGAAGCCCAUUCCCGUCUACACUGAGGUGAAGGUGCCCAUUCACAAAGAGAUUCCCGUGCCGGAGAAAUACCAUGUUGAGGUGCCAAUCUUCAAGCACCACGAACACCACGAAGAACAUCACGAUUACCACCAUGGUCAUCAUUCCCACCACGGACACUACUAAGCGCCAGAUGGCGCCAGCACAGAAAGCGAGCACAAGGAGGAAACGAACAAGAAGAAGAAGACGAUGAAGAACGAGAAGAGAAAAAGAAGAAGAUGAGAAGAAGAAGAAGAAGGAGCAUCACAAGAACAUUAACAGAGGAUCUUUGUCGCAACGUUGAGCUGGACGUUGAACGGGUGAUAAACACAAGGAGGAGAGGAUACAGAGCAGAAGGAGGAGGAGAAGAACAUCAAGAACAAGUAGCCAGUCAGAGGACAAAACUAACUUGGCUACUUGGCCAACAACAAGAUCUGUUUGCCAAAAAAACCAAACGAAAAACGAUCGUUAGCCCCAACAUCGGCAAAAACGGUGUUUUUCGUUUAAUUUUGUUGGCAAAAAAGUUUUCAAGCCAAAUGUGUUAUACUUUUUUUUAAUAAUACGAGUAUCGUUGUUAUAGCUGUA